CAACCGUACUGUCAGGAAUUCCGUUGGAUGGAUACGAUGGACAGGGCGAAUGGGUCGAUGCAUCGUUCGCAUCAGAGCGCCUCCCAGAGAUCCCCAGGUGAUCGAGUUAAAAGUUAGGAGGCUGCAAGUUGGUUUCCUGAAAGAAACCAGAUGCGAGGGUGCUUACAUUCAAUUUUCCGAUGGCAGCGAGGAUCUCGAGGAUGAAACGGGACGUUAUUGCGGCCAAGUGAAUGGCAACGCAACCAGGCUGUUCCUGAGAAAGGGGCCCAAUUUAACGAUCAUAAUGGACUCGGACGUAAAGUUCGCGGCGGAAAAUCCGGUGAUCUUCUCCGCCCAGUUUUCCAUACUGCCAGUCCAGCUAGCCACAGAACGACAUCGUGGCUUCUCCUCGUCCUCGUCGAGCGAAUGUCCGUUGGAGUGCGCGGUGAGAAACGAUCGGAGAUCCUGCAAACUCGCGUCGCCGGGUUACCCAGGUGUCUAUCCGCGCGGGAUCAAAUGCAGGAUCGCCCUGGAGUCGAACGCGGGUCGCUUUAAAAUCGGCGGCCAGCCGGACGACCUCUUCGAUCUGAUGAACCGUACGUCUGAGGAUAUCUGCCAGACGGAGAGCUGCGAGCAGCACGUGGAGAUCGUGGCGGAAGUGACGAAGACGAGGGUGACCAGAUCUGGACGGUAUGAGGAGAAAGAGGCGAGAGCCAGGAGGCGAGCUAGGAGCCCGGAUCACGAGGAAGAGCUGGAAUUUAUCAUUGGACAAACGUCUCACAAGUCGAGGAGGGGCAGAAAUAAUCGAAGAAGACUUAAGAAAGUCAAGAAGGAAGCGGACGGAUCAAAGGGUCCGCGUGGCAAUUCCCGUGGAAAAGCAGCGAACGAGGAUAUCCGGAGAAAUAUCGGCCGUCCGAAAGAGAUCAGCGAACAGUCUUCGGCAGACGCGUUGCACGGGUCGAGGAGCAGCUCGAGGCAAUCCACCGGCUAUCGCGAUCAGGGAAUCCGGCCAGAACCUAUCCAGAAGCGACUUCGUCACCCGCAGCGCGUCCAUAAGAAGUCCAUGGACUCGAUAAGCCCGAAAAGGAAUUCCGAUCAUGAUCUGCGAGAUAUAUCGGACGCGAGAGUUCAGCCGGACGGGACGGGACUGGAGAUUGCGAGGAAAGGCUUGAGCCUGGAGAAGACCACCGCGUUACAGGUUCCCGACUAUCGACACGCGAAGAAAGGCCGGAUUCCUGAGAAGUUAGGGAGCACCAGUUGCGUGGGCGAUUAUCUGGCGCUGUUGGAGGACGUGGACGGGAAGAUCUUCGAAAUCUCCAAGUUCUGCGGAGAGGGUCACGUACCGAGGAUCCUGUCGAGAGGAAGGAACAUCAUCGUGGAGUUCUUUGCCGAACAGGACGGCACUGUAAUGCACGACGGCUUCCAGUUGUCGUUCCAGGAAACGGAAGAGGCGACGGGAGUGAAGCACGGCGAAAACUGCGAGUUCGUUUACAAAAGCGCGGAACGUACCAGGGAAAAUAUCAAGUCGUUGCAGAGUUGGUAUCCACCGAACACGUUAUGCAGCUACAAAUUCAUGGGCAGAUCGUCGGAGAAGAUCACCGUUCAUAUGAAGAUAAUCAGGAACGAGCCGGACCAGGAAUACGCGCCGCAGAAACGGAACUUCAGUCUGAAUUACUGCUCCGGAAACGAGAUUGCGGUUUACAAUGGGAUCAAGGCAAACAACAGUAUCUUGAUGUGGUCCUACUGCGACGUGUCUCAUCAGGACAUUAAUAACAUACAAGUUCCUCUCACCUCCAGUGGAAACGAAUUGUUGAUACAAUACUACAGCGCGAAAGGCUCGUACGAUGGCCAAGAGUUCACUUACACGAUAUCCUACAGGUUCAUCAAGAAAUCGCAGAACUCCACCACCAGACGCCAAGUUCAGAACGAUUUCAAGCUAAUCUCUCUCAGGCCAGUGAAUUUUUCAGCGUUGAAUUUGAACGAGAGCGAGAACUGUAACUGCGAUUUUGGCGACAGAAUCGGCAGCUUUAAAAACUGGUUCAUGGUACUCGUUGUCCUAGGAAUAGUCUCCUUCCUCGGAGCCAUCCUCACGAUAAUAGCUCUCCUUGCCAAAUGCAUAAAAAUGAGGUCGAUGGAGAAGAAACUGCUGCAGACCCCGAAACUGUAAACUCGGCCAGACUUUGUACGACUUUUUCUAUCUGUACGAAUAAAGGAGAUUUUUUACGAAUCACUAGACCUAGAUCUGCACGUGUACUCGCUUGGCUAACGUUUCAACGUUCUCUCUGUCCAUUUAUCGACGGUCUCAAUGCGAUCUAGUAG